CCGUGUGAUAGCAACACAACACUCUCUAUGUCCACUCUUCAGAUUCCCUUCUUCUCCUUCUUCUUCUUCUUCUUCUUCCCUACAUUGCUUUGAUCCCAAUGCAACUUCGUUCUUAACUUUUGUUCAUCACAAUCACAAACGGAAAACCGCACCGUAUGACUUGUUUUUCUGAAUUCUGAAAAAAAAAACAAACAUCCUCCUCGUUUUCUCCGAUUCGCCACUAUAAAUAACAUCACGUUGCUUUGAAUUGACCUGGUUUGGUUAGGGAUGAACGCGUACACUAUCGGCUUAUUGGUUCCUCUCAUCAUAUUCCUGUUCCGGAAUUCCAACAACCGGAAGCGCCGCGGGUUGCCGGCGAACGUCGGUGGCGAGCCCGGCUAUGCGGUGAGUAACCACCGGUUCGAUUCGCCAUUGAGUUCGGCGUGGGAGGGCGUGACGACUCUGGCGGAGCUGUUUGAGCGUGCAUGCAGGGUGCACUCGGAGAGGUUGUUGCUCGGGACCCGCGAGAUCAUAUCAAGCGAGAUUGAGACCACCAAGGACGGAAGAAGCUUCGAGAAGCUUCAUCUUGGAGAUUAUCAAUGGCUCACCUAUCGGAAAGUUUCUGAAUCCGUCUCAAGUUUCGCCUCUGGUUUGGCAGCGCUUGGCCAUCUCAGGGAAGAGCGUGCAGCUAUCUUCGCGGAUACCAGGGAAGAAUGGUUUAUUGCACUGCAGGGUUGCUUCAGGAGAAAUGUGACAGUUGUGACUAUAUAUCCGUCCUUGGGAGAGGAAGCUUUAUGUCAUUCAUUCAAUGAGACAGAGGUUACGACUGUGAUAUGUGGGCGCAAAGAAUUGAGAUUACUUGUACAUAUUAGUGGACAGCUUGACUCACUGAAACGUGUAAUAUGCAUUGAUGAUGAUAUCCCAUCUGAUGCCUUGUCUGCUCAGCAUGGCUGGACAGUCACCUCCUUUGCUGAUGUCGAGAGACUUGGUAGAGAAAAUCCUGUUGAGGCUGAUUUACCCCUUUCAGCAGAUGUUGCAGUUAUAAUGUACACAAGUGGAAGUACAGGAUUGCCUAAGGGUGUGAUGAUGACACAUGGCAAUGUCUUAGCAACAGUCUCUGCUGUAAUGACAAUAGUUCCUAACCUUGGGCCAAAGGAUACAUAUUUAGCGUUCUUACCAAUGGCUCAUAUCCUUGAAUUAGUAGCUGAGGUAUGGGUAUCUACUUCGGCGAGUUGUAUAGGAUAUGGAUCUCCUUUGACUCUAACUGAUACAUCAAACAAGAUAAAAAAGGGAAAACAGGGAGACGCAACUGCAUUGAUGCCAACUGUGAUGGCAGCUGUACCAGCAAUACUUGAUCGUGUACGAGAUGGAGUGCUCAAGAAGGUAAGUGCAAAGGGAGGACUUUCAAAGAAAUUGUUUGAUUUAGCCUAUGCUCGGAGGUUGCAUGCAAUGAAUGGUAGUUGGUUUGGUGCUUGGGGCUUGGAAAAAGCUCUAUGGAAUUUUCUUGUGUUUAAAAAGGUCCAAGCAAUUCUAGGCGGUCGCAUUCGUUUUAUACUGUGUGGUGGUGCUCCCCUUUCUGCUGAUACCCAAAGAUUCAUCAAUAUUUGUCUUGGCGCUCCAAUAGGUCAAGGAUAUGGUCUCACAGAGACUUGUGCUGGUGGGACAUUCUCUGAUUUUGACGAUUCAUCUGUUGGCCGUGUUGGACCUCCUCUUCCUUGCUCAUAUAUUAAGCUAGUUGACUGGCCUGAAGGUGGAUAUUCAACUAAUGACUCACCGAUGCCUCGUGGUGAAAUUGUAAUUGGUGGUCCAAAUGUUACUCUUGGAUACUUCAAAAAUGAAGAAAAGACAAAAGAAUCUUACAAGGUUGAUGAAAGAGGAAUGAGAUGGUUCUACACUGGUGACGUAGGGAGAUUUCAUACAGAUGGUUGCCUUGAGAUCAUUGAUCGGAAAAAGGACAUAGUUAAACUGCAGCAUGGAGAAUAUGUCUCCUUGGGAAAGGUUGAGGCAGCUCUCCUUGUAAGCCCCUUCGUGGACAAUAUUAUGUUGCAUGCUGAUCCUUUUCAUAGUUACUGUGUGGCACUUGUGGUGGUUUCUCGUCCCGCAUUGGAGGAAUGGGCUUCAAAGCAAGGAAUUUCUUAUUCUGAUCUUUCAGAACUUUGCAGGAAAGAAGAAACUGGGAAGGAGGUGCAUGCAUCACUUGUUAAGGGAGCAAAGAAGGCUCGUUUGCAAAAAUUUGAGAUUCCUGCAAAAAUUAAAUUGCUUCCUGACCCAUGGACUCCUGAGUCUGGCCUAGUCACUGCAGCUCUUAAGAUCAAGAGAGAUGUCAUCAGAAAGACUUUCCAAGAAGAGCUCUCAAAGUUAUAUGCCUAAUAGACUAGACCAAACUAAAUUUUUUUCCAAAUAGUUAUAUGCCUUUUAGACUACCAAACUUAUAUUUUUUUUUCCAAGCAGAGCUCUCACUGCAGCUCUAUAUUUUUUUUUUUUAAUUAUUUUUUUCAUUUGAAAAUUACAUUUAUCAUGUGUAGUGAAGCUCAUUAGGAGAAACAGGCCAAAAUGUUUAAUAGCUUGAAUUUACGUGCAU